GCCUCUCGCGCUGCCGUGCCCACUGGAGCCCGCCGCCGAUCUCCCCACCACGUGCUGCCCUGCGCCCGCAGCCAUGUGCCGGACCCUGUCCGCCUUCCCCACCACCUGCCUGGAGAGAGCCAAAGAGUUCAAGACCCGGCUGGGGAUCUUUCUUCACAAAUCAGACCUCAGCUCCGAUGCUGGGAACGCUGGCAAGCCCGAGUGGAACAACAAACACAGCAAAGAGCGCAGAAACUUCUCAGAAGAUGUGCUGGGAUGGAGAGAGUCGUUCGACUUGCUGCUGAGCAGUAAAAAUGGCGUGGCUGCCUUCCAUGCUUUCCUAAAGACGGAGUUCAGCCAGGAGAACCUGGAGUUCUGGCUGGCCUGUGAGGAGUUCAAGAAGAUCCGGUCAGCUACCAAGCUGGCCUCGCGGGCGCACAGGAUCUUUGAGGAGUUCAUCUGCAGUGAAGCCCCGAAAGAGGUGAACAUAGACCACGAGACCAGGGAGCUGACCAGGACCAACCUGCAGGCUGCCACGGCCACGUGCUUCGAGGUGGCUCAGGGGAAGACACGCACCCUGAUGGAGAAGGACUCCUAUCCGCGCUUCCUGAAGUCGCCCGCUUACCAGGACCUGGCUGCCCAGGCCUCGGCCACCAACGCCUCUCCGUCCAGCUGCAGCUCAGCCGAGCCCUCACACACCUGAGCCUCGUGGCAGCGAGGAGCCAGCCGGGAGGAGAGGUUGAGUCACCCAGCCCUGAGGCAGCUGCCCCUGUGUGGGAGGCAGGUUCUGCAAAGCAAACCAGAGGACAGUGAAGGACAAAGCCGUGUUAUUUUUGUUUGUUUUUGGAAGCCACAGCCUCUCCUCCAGAAACGGUGGGACUGAACUUCAUGCAUGAGAGGGUCGUCCCCACUCCCAGGACUUGUGGAUAAGGGCUGGAGGUCACGGCUGUGUGGCGCUCUCUGGGGAAAAGAAGGGUGGUGCAGGAGGUAUCACGGGCUCUUGUCAUUCCCAACGGGGCAGGAAAGAGUCCAGGGGGUUUGGGAAAUGUAAAUAAAGGGAAACUCAAAAACGGGAGGGAAGACAGCCAGGUCAGCUGCUCUGCCCGUGGCACAGCGGGCUGGUCACAGCCUGUGUGCCUCAUUCCCAGGCUGUCCUGGGCACGGGAGGGAACCCUGGACGCGGACCCUUCCCGUUCCAUCCACCCCACCUGCCUCGGCCACCCAAGGGCCCUUUAGCUUGUACUUCUUAACACUCCCGUGUCCAGCCUCACAGUCUUUUCAAGUCCAGGGACCAGCUGGCCCCAAGGGAGAUUUUUAUACCUCAAACACUGGCCUGUGAGCCCACUUCCAAGUCAGCGGAGAGCCCCCAAGAGACACCAUCUUGCUCAUGGGAAAUGAACCUUGGUGCUCUCGGUGACCUUGCAGGUGGUCCCUGACCUUGUGUCUGCAGCAGGGUGCACACGGGAGCAGGGCCUCUUGCUGGGAUAUGCCCCCUCAGCUCCGUUCCAGCCUUGAACCCACGCCCUCGAGGAGAAAGGGGUGGCCCCUCUUGGUGAGUGGCUAGUCGGCUCUGAUGCCCAGCUGUGUGCAGGGAGAGAGAAAAGGACCCUAAGAUAGAAAUCUCUUGACAGUGCCUGAAAGUUCUGUUUAAGUCAAGCCAAUAUUUUUGUGUGAGGAUGAGAACAGGGGAAAAGAGGCACCCAGGCUGGAAGUGGGGGAGCCUCUGUCUCCUUCCGGUGGGUGCGAGGGGCACUUACCACAAUGAAAGGGACCACGAUGACCCUUGGACAGAUCCCAGGAGCUGGGAGUGGAGUUACAGAGAGAGGCUGCGUGGAAGAGCAGGACUGGGAAAAUCGGAACCUGCCUGUCACCUCAGGGCAUCACUGAACAAACCUGCUGGGGUGGGGGGGGUGGGGGGUGCGCAGGAGGCCAGGCUGGGGAGGUGAUGGACCAGGCGGCCCCCUGUGCCCAGGAAUCAGCCCUAUUCUCACUGCACUGUGAGCUCCUCCAGGAGACAAUUAUUUAAGUUAUAACGUCUUGUUGGUUCUGUGACUGCCAGAGCAUGUUAUUUUUGUUACUGUUGGUGUGAUUGCUGUUGUUAUUUAUUAUUGUGACUAUAUUAUUGUGACUACAGUCUGCCUCGACCCGAGAAUCUCAGCAGGACCUGGCAGCCUGUGUCCCUCCCGCCACCAGGCUCUCUACCUCGGGACGUGCUGGGAACCUCUUGGCGCCGGUCAGGGACUCCUCACUAUUGAAAUAUUUAUUUAUUGUUGACAACUGGAGCUGGUUUCCGAGAUAUAGAUGAUGUACUCAAUCCCUGUGUUUCCUGUUGCAGCAUGUUAUAUUCUUGUAAAAUAAAAAUAAAACCCCAACGUGAGA